AUGCUUCUUACAAUCCCCCGAGCGCCCCUGCCGGCAGGACUGCUUCUCGUCUCAACCGUCUUCCUGCUCACCUAUCUCUAUUUGCACGAUCCGCUGAACUCGAACACACACGUCCUCUCGAUCAAAGGAUCCACACAGCCGACACAGCUCUCUCAGUGCCCGCCGUCGUCGGAAACCAGCGACAUCGUCUUGUCCAUCAAGACGGGUGCCACCGAAGCCUUUGACAAGCUCCCAACGCAGCUACUCACCAUCCUGCAAUGCGCCGACAAUCUUCUUCUGUUUUCCGAUCUGGACCAAGACAUUCACUCGCUACACAUCCACGAUGUUCUCGAUCGCUACGACCCUGAGUUUCUUGCGAAUCAUGCCGACUUCGAGCUAUACCGCAAACAAAAGAAAUACCAGGCCGAAGGUCGCGACAUUCAAACGUUGGGCAGCAUGAAAGACUCAAACUCGGACUGGCGCACUGCUGGACACAAUGCUGCAUGGGCUUUAGAUAAAUACAAGUUCUUGCACAUGAUCGAAAGAGCUUGGGAGUUACAACCGGACAAGGACUGGUAUGUGUUUGCUGAAACAGACACCUACAUCGUGUGGCGAAACUUGGUCCAAUGGCUCAAAGGCUUUGACCCAACCGAACCGCUGUAUCUGGGUCGAGGCGAACCCAUGAAGAAAGAAGAAGGAGACGGCUUCUACUUUGCUCAUGGCGGCAGUGGCUUCGUAUUAUCUCGCGCUGCCAUGUACCUAUUUUGCGAGACCAACAAAGGUCUCGCCAGUAGGUGGGAUGCCAGGAUACCAGAUCUGUGGUUUGGAGAUUACGUCGUUGCAAAGGCCAUCAAGGAGGAGCUUGGUCUGAACUUGACCUCGGCCGCCCCAAUGUUCAGUGGCCACAAGCCUAUGAACCUGCCGAUCGGCGCGGGUAUCUGGUGUCAUCCUGUCAUUACUCAGCAUCAUCUGCGAUCUGAGGAGGUCCAAACCUUGUGGAUGCUAGAGCACGACUUCUACACCAACUCAUCCUCGGGCAGUGUGCCACAUUUGCGCUUCUCACAUUUGUUUAGAGACAUACUAACCGGGGUUAACUUCCCGGAGCUACGCCUAGAGUGGGACAACAUGUCUCAAGAUAGCAUGUACACAAUCAAGCCUCCUCGCACAAGAGUCCAGGCACUAAAAAAGCCAGACGAGCGCGUCGGUGAACCUACAGUCGAGGAAGACCCAAAUGCAUCGUCCGAGGCAUGCAAUGCUGCGUGCGAGGUCACGGAAACAUGUUUCCAAUGGGCCCAUCUCAAUUUUACCACUGUCGAGGGGACCAAUCGACACAGUGGCGGAAUCUGUUAUCUGAGUAGUGUAUUCCGCUUCGGCAAUCAGAGGCCAGAAGAGUCGUGGGUUGAUGAAAAGAAUGCUACCAAUAUCCAUUCAUGGUCAUCAGGGUGGCAUCUGCCAGCAAUCGAAGCCUGGCUUGCCAAUGCGCCAGACGAGUGUGGCAAGGUUGACUGGACGUAG